AUGACAUCAAAAUCUGAUCACAGCCUGGGCAGGAGUCUGUCCCGGUUAGAACACACAGUGAACAUGAGGGCCCCUGGGCAGCUCCUUGGUUUCCUGCUCUGGCUCCCAGGUGCCAAGUGUGACAUCCAGGUGACCCAGUCUCCAUCCUCCCUAUCUGCAUCUCUAGGAGACAGAGUCUCUAUCACUUUCCAGGCCAGUCAGAACAUUGACACUAAAUUAGCCUGGUAUCAACAUAAACCAAGGAAAGCUCCUAAGCUCCUCAUCUAUGCAGUAUCCAGGUCACCCUCCUGGUUCCCAUCCCAGUUCAGUGGCAGUGGAUUUGGGAUAGAUUUCACCCUCACCAUCAGCAGCCUGAAGGCUGAUGAUAUUGCAACUUACUACUGUCAGCAGGAUCACGGUUCACCUCCCACAGUUUUCGGCCAAGGAACCAAGCUAGAGAUCAAAAGGUCUGAUGCUCAGCCAUCCGUCUUCCUCUUCAAACCAUCUGACGAACAGCUGAGGACCGGAACUGUCUCUGUCGUGUGCUUGGUGAAUGAUUUCUACCCCAAAGAUAUCAGUGUCAAGUGGAAAGUGGAUGGGGUUACCCAGAACAGCAACUUCCAGAACAGUUUCACAGACCAGGACAGCAAAAAAAGCACCUACAGCCUCAGCAGCACCCUGACACUGUCCAGCUCAGAGUACCAGAGCCAUAACGCCUAUGCGUGUGAGGUCAGCCACAAGAGCCUGACUACCGCCCUCGUCAAGAGCUUCAAUAAGAACGAAUGUUAGAGCGAGAGGUCUACAGGCUCCCCAGUCACCUGUGCUGAUUCAGUCCCAGCCCCUCACCCCUCCUCAGGCCCUGUUUCCACAGA